CAGCUCAUCGCUUCUGAGAAACUUCACCAUCCUCAGAGGUGUGGAGAAAAGAUGGGGACAAGUGCCAUGGAGAUCAAGUGGCUUUUGAUGUGGCUCUUGUUUGGAUUCGUCAAGGGGAGCAGGCCAGGCGUAUGCCCACGUGUUCCACCGAGUGAAUUUGCUGAUGUUACUGCCGACGUGUAUCCACUACAGACCAAACUGUACUAUACCUGUGACCCUGGCUAUGGCAGAGAGGCUAGUGUAUACCUAGGAAUUGAGUGUAAGAGUCAACAGCAGGGUGCUGUUUGGGAACACCAACCAUUUAAAUGCAUUGAUAUGAAAAAUUUAUCAGCAAUGGCUUUCAAGACAGAGUUAGAACUUACACAGAAGCCAGAAAUAGAACCAAUGAGCCCUGCACCCCAGAAGCAAGAAGACCUUUCAGAGUCCACACCAAAAAAUUUCUGUGGUCCUCCCAAGACUAUUCCACAUGCCUCCAUAAGGCUGCCCCAGCAGCAUUACGUGGGACAAGUCUUACAUUUCAAAUGCCAGACAGGUUAUGAUAAGAGACCCCCCACCUCUGGCAGCAGGACGUGCAAGGAAGUGGAUGGCAAAACCUUCUGGACCCACCUUGAUCUGAGAUGCACCAAUGACACCAACCAGUGGCCACCACAGACCAUUGGGCCAGGUUUGAAUCUUCUGUCCUCUUUCCCUUCCUCAUCAGGGACACUGCCAGUGACAGGUUUUACAGCUAUCUGGUUUGUUCUGCUUAUCAUUCCCACUGCCUUUGUGUGACUCAGCAAGCAGCCAAAAAGGGAAGACUUCUCAGGGAAUUGUGGCAUUCAGAUGCAGACUUGUGAAAUUAAUGACUUGCCACAGAAGAAACCAGAUUGUAGCAGAGACCCCAAGACCAGCAGUGGCAAACAAGGAGGAAGCCUGGACACUCAAAUCCAAUGUGUAAAGGUGGCAGAAGAUGUUACAGCUCAGCUCUUAUGGGGACAGCAUGACUUUCCACCUACAGAGUGUUGGUAGGAGGACUGCACCCCAUCACUGACUGCUGGGGAAAGAGCCCUGCCUGAAACUGCUUCCCAAACCCACUUCUCCUCCUCCUACGACACAGCAGAUGUAUUUCUAAUAUAACUGCAGCCCCUCCCAAGCCACCAGGAGUACAUAUGGACCAUUCUCCCUAGCAUUAAUUGAUGCCACUGUCAUUUCAGCCCACACACCAUCCUCCCCACAAACAGAGCAGCUUUGCUGGACACCUGAUGUCCCCCUGCCUCUUCCCCACCCAGGUGGGCCAGGCGCAGGCACACCUUUCUCCUCAAAUUGUUCCCCUUGGAAAUUAAACCCCUUCACCCCCUGCACUGCAGUUGAA